AUGAGGUGGCAGCGCGACACUCGAUUUAAUGGUCUCUGGCUGAUGGUCCCAUGGUUCUCAUCAGUAUUGGUCCUGAUUCUGGGAUUCUGGGGCCUGGCUACAGCUGUUGUCACACCACAUGAGCAGCAUGCCUCAACUGCCUCCUCCAGCCAAGUACCACUGGACUGGUUGCUUACUGAUCGAGGACCAUUUCACCGAGCCCCAGAGUAUGUUGACUUCAUAGAGCGCUAUCGGCAGGGUUUCACCACUAGAUACAGGAUCUAUCGAGAAUUUGCUCGUUGGAAAGUCAAUAACUUGGCAUUGGAAAGAAAAGAUUUCUUCAGUUUGCCUUUGCCUCUGGCUCCAGAAUUCAUCCGCAACAUUCGUCUUCUGGGGCGCCGGCCCAGCCUUCAACAGAUCACAGAGAACCUGAUUAAAAAAUACGGGACCCAUUUCCUUCUCUCAGCAACUCUUGGAGGGGAAGAAUCCUUGACCAUAUUUGUGGACAAACGGAAGCUCAGUCGGAAGGCAGAAGCUGGUAGCCUAUCAGGGGGUGGUGGAAGUAACACCACCGUCUCCUUGGAAACACUGCAUCAGCUGGCAGCCUCAUACUUCAUUGACCGGGAGAGCACCCUGAGACGUCUCCAUCAUAUCCAGAUAGCAACGGCUGCUAUCAAGGUAACGGAAACCAGAACAGGGCCACUUGGCUGCAGUAACUAUGACAACCUUGAUUCUGUGAGUUCUGUUCUUGUGCAGAGCCCAGAAAACAAAGUUCAGCUACUUGGUCUUCAGGCAGUACUACCUGAGUACCUGCGAGAACGCUUUGUUGCUGCUGCCCUAAGUUACAUCACCUGCAAUUCAGAGGGGGAGCUGCUCUGCCGAGAUAAUGACUGCUGGUGCCAAUGUGGGUUUAAUUACCCACAAUGCAAUUGUCCUGAGACUGACAUCCAAACUAUGGAAGAGAGCCUUUUCCAGAUCCAGGAAAUCUGGGAGAGUCACAACCAACAGUUUCAGGAAUCAGAAGAACUACAGUCCCUCGUGAAGAAGCUGCCAGUGGAUCGCUUCUUGAACGUAACUGCCAUCUCCCAAUAUUGGGCAGUGGAUCUUGAUAUUCAGCAUCGCUAUCAAAAACUGGGCAUGACUUUGAAGAUGCUGUCCAAGAAGAGCCAUCGGAUUGUCCGACGCCUUUUCAAUCUGGCCAAACGCUGCCCCAGGCAACCUCGCUUCAAACUCCUAAAGGAGAG